UUCAGCAUCACUCUCAGACCUACUUUUCUGAUUAAGAUUAAUUACACGUAAAGCCAGUGCUCUGCCUUGAUGAACAGCUCUGCUGGAUCAGCCCAAGAACCAGCUGGUUCAGCCCUCAGUUCCCACAGUCAUGGGGAAUUCUUCCCAACCAGAUGCCUUCAAGGUGCCCCGAGCAACCCAGGAGGGCUCUAGCAUCCUGCUCCUUGUGUCUCCCAGCAAUUGGUACCCUACUUCCAAUGCAGGUCACCCAUAGCUUCAUGACCUGCAGCUAUUGAUAAUCUUGUCCUCUGUCAAUUAACUACUGUAUCCUCUUUCACAUUACCUUUGCUGUGGUGCCUUCUGUUCUUUUCAGUUUCCAGGCCCAGAGGUUUCCACCUGCUUUCUAUGCAACCUUCUUUACAUGAAAGCUCUGGGGAGCAGUAAUAUGAAGCUGGAAAAAUGUGAGAAAAAAGAGUGAGAGAGAAUGAGAGAAAGAGGCAACAUCCUUCCCGCCAUGAAAGACUGUGCAAAAGAUAUCUUACAUUCCUGGAUCAACUAGUAAGAGAUAAGACCGCAACAGAUAUGUUACUUUGAUGAUUAACUUCCUUGUUGUGUUUUUAAUUUGCAGAAACUUAAAUUCUCCCCGUAAUUUUGGAUGAGGUCUAGGAGCUCUGUCUUCCAUGCCUAACCUCAACCCACCAAAUACAGUGGCCAUUUCAGGCCUUGAUAGAGACUCCCUGAAGUUAGAUUUUUACUCUCCAACUCCAGACCCUGGAGCUUAUCCUUGACUUGAUUGCAAUAGGAAAGUGUUAAUUUCAUUGGGUUCAUAAAGAAGCCAUGCGAGUGUUCCCCCACAUAUAUACACCCAUAAAACUCUUCUCCCUGUUCUUCAUCCUCCUUGUCAGAGCCCUUUGGAGAAGGCGGAGACAUCACUUGGGUGUCUGCUUGUUUUUUUUUUUUGGUCCCCUCCCUGUUUCUCUUCGGUCUCCUCUGUCAUCAACAGGCUGGGAUCUUCUAAGAGGGCUCAGCUGAACAGAUCAGCAGCCAGAAGUGAGAACACAUUCGUUCGCCAGAGACAGCCCAACUUUUUCCUAUUCUCCAGCGUCUGUGGACCAGGAGACCUUCAGAACGUUGAGAAGGUUUGCCCUCAGCACCAGGCGUUAUCAUUUGCAGAAGAAAGUUCUAAGGCAGGACAAUGGAUUACACCAGUCAGGAUUCUGCCCCAGAAUACAUAGAGCCCUCCCAUUUGCAAGCAAAUGAUGACUCAGACCUUUUCUUUACUGGUCCUGAGGGAGUUGAUUCCAAUGCUGUGCCCACAUAUUUCUCUCGUAUCCCUGAAUCCUACAGAUACUCUCCAGUGCGGCAAUUAUACCCUCUUCUCAAUGGUUUGCAAUGGGGAGAUGGCCAUCCCUACAGCACAGCAGCCUGGGUCUCCAGUGCCUCUGGGAAAACCCAUGCUGGGCUUCCGAUCUACACCUCUACCACAUCCUCCUACCAGACCCUGCAUGCACCGCCCUCUCCCAAGGACCUUCCCCCUGAUGACAAGAGCAGCCCCAGAUAUCUAGAGAUGUUGAAGACAGAACGGAUCAGCCCCACUCAUGCUGAACUGCUGCCCCUCGGGACCUCAGCUGGCACAGCCCACACUCCUUACACUAUGGGACAGGAGUAUGGCUACUUCCCGAUGCCUGGAAGCCCCCUGACAGCUGGAUAUUCCCCUAAACUCCGGGGGACAACGCAGCUCUCCCCCACUGAGGCACGUGAGUGUGUGAACUGUGGAGCCACAGCCACCCCACUGUGGAGAAGAGAUGGCACUGGCCACUAUCUUUGCAAUGCCUGUGGGCUCUACCACAAGAUGAACGGCCAGAACCGGCCCCUCAUUCGGCCCAAAAAACGCCUGAUUGUCAGCAAGCGAGCUGGAACCCAGUGCAGUAACUGCCAAACUACUACAACCACCCUUUGGCGCCGCAACAUGAAUGGAGAACCUGUGUGCAAUGCCUGUGGCCUCUAUUACAAACUGCACAACGUGAAUCGCCCCUUGGCAAUGCGCAAGGAUGGGAUCCAGACACGGAACCGCAAGGUCUCCUCAGCCAAGUCCAAAAAGCGCAAAGGAAAUUCUGGGGAAGCCACAAUCGCAACCACACCCUUGGAAAUGAUGCCAUCCUCCUUAAUGGGAGAAGAAGCUGCUCCCCUCUACCCUCUCAGCCCCAUGAUGCUACCAGGACACUUGCUCCCUUUUGGAGCCAAUCCUCACUUUCUAGGAUCUCCAGCAAGUUUUCCUCCACAGGCUUCCCCUGCCCCACAUGGUUCCCCAGGAGUGGUCUCUGCUCUGGGGUAAACAGCCUUGUAGCAUGCGUGUGCGUGCACACACACACACUUUUAUAUACAGAGACUUUGGGACACAUGUAGGGAGAAGAUUCUCCUACACAAGGAUCACCUUUUGGAGUAGCUCUAUUAACUGUUGCAGUUUGGGCCCCUUGACAAUGGUCCCUCUGGGUGAGAACUAUGAUCCCCCAGCUUAUCAGAGCAGACAGAAAGGUACAGUGGGGUAAUUCACACAAAUAAGGGAAGAGGUGGUGAUAAAGGGGCAAAACUGUUUUCAGAAGGGAUCCUUUUGAAUGGCCAACAUGGAAUGUUGGGGCUGAAAGUUUCCCCUGGGGAGAAAAUAAUUGCUGACUAUACAGAAACAA